CUCGGAGGAGGGGGCGACCUGUACUUCCUCGUGCGUGGGGGUCCGCCGGAAUGAGGCGUUACCUGCAAGGCUUUUAAGCACACCACUCCGAGAGCUGCCCAGGUUUUCUACCGAAAAAAUACGUGCAUCCCGGUUUUGAGAAGGGGGCUGGAAUUAUUUGUAGUGGUGUUGGCGUUUCUUUUUAAGGUUGUUUUCAGGUAACAGUUCAAAGUGCAGCUUCUUAGCAUUGUUUACUAAGUUGAGUGAUUUUCUCAAAAUUCGAGGCUGUCAGCCGGUUCUAGACAAACUGGAAAGUAUUAUUUGUCAGUUGAAAUUCAUAAGGAUAUAUAAGAAAAGAAAAACCCCAAAACACUGUCUGUAGAUAGCAGUAUUUGUCACGAUAGUAAUAGCAAGCUACCCAGAGGGAAAAAUAUCAAAUACUGGAAUACCAAAUUCCAUAUUGAUAUUGAAUAUUAAUAUUGGAAUACUUAAUAUCAAAGAGGCAUUUAGGUGUAAGAUUUAAGUUUUAAAUAAUGAGUUUAUAGAGAAAGUGUACACUGUACAGAAUUAGCUUUUAAUACUUUGGUGAAAAAUAAGGUGAAUAUUUUUGUGAAUGCCUACCUUGUUUGUUUUGAAAGUGGUUGUUUAUAUUUAUGUCACGAUUUUUAAAAACCCUUGUAUCUCGGAUGUAAACUUUUUUUCCUUAUGUGUGACAGGCCCUGCUGCAUCAACUUCAGUGGGUUGAGAAAGAGAAUUGAAAUAGUGCUGAGAAUAUUUAACAUCUUGCAGAAUGCACUUUCAAUAACUGUUGGUUUGGGGGUAGGAUUGGGUGAGAAAUAGGGUGAGUUUUUUUCACCCCUGGACAAAGUGUAUCUUUGUUUAGAUACACUUCCUGGAAGAGGCAUGUCCGUUGGGUUGAGAAGGGCAUUCUGGGUUGCUGUAGGAAGCAGUUGAAAUUGAUGGUUAUCUUUUCUGUUGUUUCAAGUAUAUCUGUCAGCUGUGUCUUUUACAAGACAGAUUUUUUCCUUCUUUAGUACCUGGUAGCCAGGUCGUGUGAUAGACGAGAAUACUAACUCCAGAGUUUACCACUCGGGGCUUAAUCUGCAGGUGAAUGGUUAUCAAACUCAUAUCUCACUACUGAGGUAGAGGAGGGAACCCUCUCUGUAAAAGUGAUACAUUUUCCGGUAGAGAAAACAUAAAAUUGUGUAUUAUUCUUGCCUUUUGUUUACUGACAGGUUUAUGGUGACUUUUAUUUCUACCGCGGCAGGGUGGGGGUAGAGAAUGGAGUAUAGUAGAUCUCUAAUAAAUAAACUCUUUAGGUUUAGAAAUAAGAAGUGUCUUUACUGCCAAAGCCAAAUCAUCUUUCAUGGUAAAAUAAUUUGAUAACACGUUUUUUUUUCCUUUGACUUUUCUUUCAUGUUGCUUUCCUUUGGGCCUAAAAAUAUUUGUCACUUGGAGUGUACAAGGAGUGCACAUAUCAUUUGAAGAAUACAGCCCACAAAAAUAUGACUCAGAUCACACGUGAUAAAGCAGAGAAGUCUUGGUUUGGCAAUUUAGCUUUAUAAUUUAAAUAUUCGUUGUGGAUGGUUCUGCUGCUAUCCUGACACAGUGCUUGUUUUCUCAUUGUUUAAUGUUGAAGGCAAAGGUGACUUGAUGGAGGGUGAGCUGUAUUCUGCACUCAAGGAAGAGGAAGCAGCUGAAUCUGUUUCUAGUACCAAUUUCAGUGGUGAAAUGCACUUCUAUGAGCUUGUAGAAGACACAAAAGAUGGCAUCUGGUUGGUUCAGGUCAUAGCAAACGACAGAAGUCCCUUGGUGGGUAAAAUCCACUGGGAGAAAAUGGUGAAAAAGGUGUCAAGAUUUGGAAUACGUACAGGCACUUUUAACUGUUCCAGUGACCCCAGAUACUGCAGGAGAAGAGGCUGGGUGCGAUCCACACUCAUUAUGUCUGUUCCACAAACGAGUACUUCUAAAGGGAAAGUCAUGCUUAAAGAAUACAGUGGACGCAAGAUUGAAGUAGAGCACAUUUUUAAGUGGAUAACUGCUCAUGCAGCUUCUCGGAUCAAAACCAUUUAUAAUGCUGAACAUUUGAAAGAAGAAUGGAAUAAAAGUGAUCAAUAUUGGGUAAAGAUAUACCUAUUUGCAAAUCUUGACCAACCCCCAGCUUUCUUCUCUGCACUAAGUAUAAAGUUUACUGGAAGAGUUGAGUUUAUUUUUGUUAAUGUGGAAAAUUGGGACAACAAGAGUUAUAUGACAGAUAUUGGUGUAUAUAACAUGCCAUCAUACAUACUGAGAACUCCUGAAGGAAUUUAUAGAUAUGGAAACCACACAGGCGAAUUUAUAUCCCUUCAGGCCAUGGAUUCAUUUUUGCGCUCAUUACAACCUGAAGUCAAUGAUCUGUUUGUUUUGAGCUUGGUUCUAGUUAAUCUUAUGGCUUGGAUGGACUUGUUUAUCACACAAGGAGCAACCAUAAAGCGAUUUGUGGUUCUCAUAAGCACUUUAGGGACAUAUAAUUCUCUAUUAAUUAUUUCCUGGCUACCUGUGUUGGGCUUUUUACAGCUCCCUUACUUAGAUAGCUUUUAUGAAUAUAGCUUAAAAUUGUUGAGAUAUUCCAAUACAACCACACUGGCUUCAUGGGUGAGGGCAGACUGGAUGUUCUAUUCUUCACACCCGGCCCUGUUUCUCAGUACGUACCUUGGACAUGGUUUACUAAUUGAUUACUUUGAGAAGAAGAGACGGCGAAACAACAACAAUGACGAAGUCAAUGCCAAUAACUUAGAAUGGUUAUCAAGUCUGUGGGACUGGUACACCAGCUACCUCUUCCACCCGAUUGCUUCUUUUCAGAACUUUCCUGUAGAAUCUGAUUGGGACGAAGACCCUGACUUGUUCUUGGAGCGGUUAGCUUUCCCUGACCUUUGGCUUCACCCUCUGAUACCAACUGAUUAUAUAAAAAACUUGCCAAUGUGGCGAUUUAAAUGCCUUGGAGUCCAGUCUGAAGAGGAAAUUUCGGAGGGUUCUCAAGAUAUUGAGAAUGACUCAGACAGCGAGAGCACAGACACUUUUAGCAGUGAGAAGGAAGUAUUUGAAGAUAAACAAAGCGUAGUUCACAAUUCUCCAGGAAGAGCAAGUCUCUGUCAUGCUGAGGCUUGUUCAUGUGCCAAUAAAUAUUGUCAGACCAGCCCAUAUGAAAGGAAGGGGAGGUCGUAUGGAUCAUAUAACACUAAUGAAGAUAUGGAACCAGAUUGGUUAACUUGGCCUGCUGAUAUGCUGCACUGUACUGAAUGUGUUGUUUGCCUAGAGAAUUUUGAAAAUGGAUGUUUGCUAAUGGGGUUGCCUUGUGGUCAUGUGUUCCAUCAGAAUUGCAUUGUGAUGUGGUUGGCUGGGGGCCGACACUGUUGCCCUGUUUGCCGGUGGCCUUCUUAUAAAAAAAAGCAGCCAUAUGCACAACACCAGCCCUUGUCAAAUGAUGUCCCAUCUUAACCAUGUGCAAUUUGUCCUUUAUAAGCUUUGAGUAUCUUACAGCUUGCCUUUUUAAUGUUAGUCACAAUGUUUUUGUGGUUUGAAGUUUAGUUUAAUGUUAAUGCAGUGACAGGAAAUACACAUUAUGCUAAUGUUGAUGACAAUUAUUUGGUUGCCUUGUGUGUCAAUUGAAUGCAACUUAAUUGUAAAAAUUUUUAUUUACAACAUUGGAAAUUCAGACGUUAAUGUUUUUUGUAAGCACAAAAGAAGUAUGAUAGAAAUUUAUCCUAGCAAGACUUUACAAGUUAGGAUCAAAUUCUAAUGGAAUUGAGGCCGUUUCUUUUCCUAAAUGUUUCCUCCCUUUUUACAAUCUCUGUCCAGCACCUCUUGGUUAAAUAAUGUAUGCUCUGAGACAUGAAAUUAAAACAGACCUAUGAAAUAAAUUAUUUUAAAAUGAGA